GCGCAUGCGCCCGAGGUAGAGUCUCUGAUGCGACGGGAGUUCUCUCUCUCGUCCACGCUGGAGCUGCUUUAAGCGGGGCGCGGGGCGGCGGGAGGAGUUGGCAAGUGCGGGGCGACGAACGAAGCGGGUUAAUGCCGGUUUGCGCAGAUUAAGGAGCGUCUGGUUUCGCAAUCUUGCUUUUUUCCCAGCAAAAAGACAACAUGGUUCACCUCGGGCAGAGCCUCAUGAAACACUACCACAAGGCUCACCUCGUCAUCCGCUUUGCCCUCGGCGGCUGCACCAACAGGCCUUACUACCGGAUCGUGGUCACGCAGAACAAGCGGGCCCGUGACGGCAAGUACCUCGAGCAGCUUGGUUGCUACGACCCGCUCCCGAACGACCACGGCGAGAAAAUUGUCGGCUUGAACAUCGAGCGGCUGAAAUACUGGAUCGCCAGUGGGGCCCAAUAUACCAAGCCCCUUCAAAAACUUCUGGGUCUCGCUGGAUUCUUCCCCCUGCAUCCGAUGACUAUCACAAAUGCGGAGCGGAUCAAGAAAAGACAAGCCCGAGAGGCUGCUUCAGUUUCUCAGGAAGAGGACACUGCUGCAAAGGAAUGAAAGCAGAAAAGGAGAAUAGACUGGAUUGAACCCUCCAUGGACUUUCUCUACCCGCUACAAAAGGGGGGUUCAAGGCCAGGGUGCCAGGAAGCUCAAAGAAGCAACUCCAAUUCUCAAGAUUGAUUAAAACCCGAUUCUGGUCUUGGCACAAUUUGUGGAUCUCCUUUGCUGUUCUUCUGGGUCCAUAAUUGGAACUGAGGUUGUACCAAACCUCGAAGAAAGGAGAUAGCCUGAUGGUUGAGCAGCGGACUGGAUUUAUUCUCCAGACCAGUAAAGUUCUACCUGCUUUGAA